UUGCAGCUCCCAGCAUGCAUUGUGGGAUACAAAGGAGACUGGUGGAUUCUGAAGCGCGAGCUGGUGAGGAUUGUGACACGAGCGCAAGGGGAGCAUCAUCCAAACACUUUGUGUUACCAGAUACCCAGCUGGCCUCAACGAACGACCCACCAGUUACCAUGAACUACCUACGCAGGCGUCUGUCCGACAGCAGCUUUGUGGCCAACCUCCCCAACGGCUACAUGAUGGACCUGCAGAGUGGGCCUCGCCCCACCCCGCCCUCUUCCACCUCCAAUCCCGCCUCCCCAGCCACAGAGAGGCGAACGCCCCCCAGCCUGCCACCACAGGUCCCGGCCUCGGGCUCGGCCCCGGCCCCGACCCCGACCCCCGGGGGUUUCCUGAGCUCCUUCUCCAGUGUGGUGAAGACCGCCCAGUUGGCACAGAACGCUGCAGCAGCAGCCAAGGCUUCUGCGGCGGCGGCGGAAGCUGCCAAACCUGUCAUACGGAAGCCCAAGAUUCUAUUGGUCAUCGACGACCUGCACACAGACUGGGCCAAGUAUUUCCGAGGGAAGAAGUUGAACGGGGAGUACGACAUCCGGGUGGAGCAGGCGGAGUUCUCCGAGAUCAACCUGGCUUCGUACAUGAACUCUGGGUGUAUGAUUGAUAUGCAGGCCAUAAGAGGAGGAACCAAAGUGGUCAGAUCCUUCAAGCCAGACUUUGUCCUGAUUCGCCAGCAUGCCUACAGCAUGACCCCGGGUGAAGACUUCAGGAGCCUGGUGAUUGGCCUUCAGUACGGGGGAGUCGCCAGCAUCAACUCCCUGCUCUCCAUCUACAACUUCUGCAGCAAACCCUGGGUGUUUUCCCACAUGAUUAAGCUCUACCACUCCCUGGGCCCAGAGAAGUUCCCACUGAACGAACAGACCUUCUACCCCAACCACACACAGAUGGUGACGACACCAACGUUCCCUGUGGUGGUCAAGAUGGGUCAUGCCCACGCCGGCAUUGGCAAGAUCAAAGUGGAGAACGAACUUGACUUCCAGGAUAUUACCAGUGUGGUGGCGCUGGCCAGAACCUAUGCCACCUCUGAGCCAUAUGUCCUGUCCAAGUACGACAUCAGGAUCCAGAAAAUCGGCAACAACUACAAGGCCUACAUGAGGACGUCCAUCUCCGGCAACUGGAAGGCUAACACAGGCUCAGCCAUGUUGGAACAGAUCGCUAUGACGGACAGAUAUCGUCUGUGGGUGGACUCCUGUGCCGAGAUGUUCGGGGGACUUGAUAUCUGUGCCGUGAAAGCCGUCCACGGAAAAGAUGGCAAUGACUACAUUAUCGAGGUGAUGGACAGUUCCAUGCCUCUGAUUGGUGAGCACGUGGAGGAGGACAGGCAGCUGAUCACUGAUCUAGUGAUCAAUAAGAUGUGUAGCGUGCUGCUCGGUAUCAACACACCACAGCCCAGUGCUGUGAAGCCACAGACUACCCAGCCAAGAAGGGCCCAAGGUGGGCAUCGCUCUGGCUCUGGUUCUCCCUCCCAGUCAGCUCAGGGUUCUCCUCAGCGAGCCCGCUCAGCUAACACCUCUCCCAGCCAGGCCUUCCAGCCAGGACCCAUCCCACCUCCCGCCGCCACCGGCCCUGGCUCCCAGAAACAACCACCUCAACUGAACAAAUCACAGUCGCUCACCAACACCUUCACUGAGACCCUGAAGGGGAACGCCACGGACGAUGAGGCCAAGGCAGAGACCAUCCGCAGCCUGCGCCAGUCCUUCGCCAGCCUCUUCUCCGACUAACUUCAAGGCUCCCCAUAUCCAUCCGCCUACUGUCAGCCAUUGGCCUCCAGAAGAAGUCCAAGAUACCAUUAUUUUACAGGGCGCGCGCUCAGUCAACCCACAGAGCGGGAUCUUCCUGUCCACCACUUCCUACUUCCUGUUCUUACCCAUAAAUGGCAGGUUGAGAGCGUCCACCUCUCAGAAUCAUCCGUCUUUUUUUUUCUUUUUUUUAAUACUACAUUAGGCUAUAGUUCAUCUAGUACUGCUUGGUUGGUGUAGUUGAGAUGUAGGUUUGCAUUCAAUUUGUUCAUCUGAUUAAUUCUUUUGGUCAUAUUUGUGUUUUAUCAACUUCAAGGAUCUUGAUAUACUUUGGGAGAUAAAGGCAAUAUUACAGUAUUUAUAAAUGACCAAUAAUAGUGUAUGAGCCAGGUUUACCAGCAAUGCUUAGCAUUUUGCCAGUGUCAUUUCAUAGAAAUACGAUUGCCAUGUCUUGUAGACCCAUACAUAUUGAUUGGCUGAUAUUACAAUAUAAUGAUUUGCGAUUUUGCUUUGGCCUUUGAGUAACAAAGUAUUUUUGAUUUAAAAUUCCUUGCAUUAGGUCAAGAUAGUUUAGGCUAUAUACUGUACCUGUCAAUUUGCAAUUAUACGAGGUGGAAAUAUUAUCUUAAGUCUUCCAUCACAGACAAUUCUUCCCUAAGUUCUAAGCAUUUAUGAACUAUCCAGUGUAAAUAGCACUAUGAACAUUUUAUUUAUUAUUAUUAUUGGGCAUUUGAUUCACUACUAUUCCCUUGCUGUGUAUUGAAAGGUGGGAAUUAUGUACAUAACACAGAGAAGAAGAGCUGACGUCUUUGCUUCAAUGGUUAUAAGAUCAGUUACCUUUUAAUUCUGUACAUACCGUAAGGUUGCAAAUACUCCUGGGAGAAUUACAUUUACUUCUGAUCCUUGGGUUUUGAAGCGUUGUCGACCUAAGAAUAGACAUGAUUUGCAAUGUGUUGGUAUGUCUAUAGCUUGUAUCCACUUCAGGAAAAGACAGUCGUCUUGUAAUACUCAGAAUAUGUGCAUAUGUGGUAGCUAUCUACGCUAACGACACUAUCUGAUAGCUGAGUGUCCAUAUUAUCCCACCUCCCCAUCUCAUUAUAAUAGAGAAGGACAGACCAAUCACAUGACUGGAUUGUUUGUUCUUUAGGGUAACAUUUUUGACUGGUAUGAAAAAUGCCAAUUCUAUUUCAUGGAUUGAAUAUUAUUGUCCCCAUACUUUCUUUAGUAAUUGCACUUCAAGUCGCACGAUCAGCAAUAUGGGUGAAAUGAAACUCUCUCCAUCUUGAUUUAAAUGCAUUUUUAAACAGUUAAGAUUGUAUUUUCACUUUCAAACUAUUUAUUGUCCUAAACAUAUAUGCCAAUCAUAGUAAGGUAUUAUUAUCAAAAUGGACCAAAUGAUAUGUUUGUAUUGUAAAACCUGUGUGUUUGAUUUAUUUUGUCUGUUGAAUGUGAAAUGCUUCUACAAUUCAAAGUACCGACUACUAUGAAAAGCCAUAACAAAACAAUGAUUUACUGAAAAUCUGUUUUUUUUUGUUUACUCGUUAUCACUGUGAGUGUUAGUUACGCUUCUAACGAUUCAAUCAUUUUGCUUUUACGAUUGUUGAUUUAUGGUGUACAUAGGUAUAAUGCUGUAAGCUUGUGAAUGCCACACAUCCAUAGUGAUUUAUUUAGUCAUUUGUUAAUUGACCAUUUUCAGUAAGCAAAUAAUGUUAAAGACACUGAAGAAAUUCAGAAUUGAGUGGUGAGGUCAUCUAGUAACUACCUCAAUUCCAGCAAGCUGUGCUGCUAAUAGUAGUUACCACUAAUACUCUGAAGUGGGUGGAAUUAAGACAAAAAAAAAACAAAUGGCUUUCACUUGACCUAAUCUGUAUGUCUGCAUGUAAUCCUACAAUUUUAAUCCUAAUGUUCAUACAGUAAAUUUGAUGUACUGUCACUCAAGUAGUUAUUUCCUGUAAGUAAAAGGCAAUAGACCCAUAAAUGAGUCUAUCUACGGUCAAUAACUAAAUGAAUAUGACAUGGUUUUCAUAUCAUGAUUUACAUUUACAUGUCAUUGCAAUGGAGAACUAACGGCAAUAGCCCUUAAAAAAUGUAUGCUUAUUAAAGGUUGCCCUAUGCCAUUCCACAGAUGCUCAGAAGUCAUCUACACCAGCGUUGAAUAGCCGUCCUCAUCUCUUAUUUUCUGAUCUAACAGAACCUACUGUCACAUAUCCUCUUGUGAUGAGCAUCUGCUGGAAGGCAUUGUGUGCCCCCCUGUGUGUUACUGAUAUACGUGUGGCAUGAAAACUGACCCCUGGUGUGCCUCUGGUGUAACAAUAUUGUCAUGUAAAUAGUUGCUGUUGUCUGGCUGCUUAUACUGUAUGAAGUGUGUGAUGCAUAAUGUGUGGUAGUGUUAUAGAUGCAAGUUAUUUUAACAUUGUUUUGUUAUUUUGUUCAGUUUUUAUUAAAAGUGACAUAUUUUAUUACA